UACGUUCAUCAUCAUACUGUCCCACUCCGCUUUCUUCUACACUACAAAUCACCGACGCUACAAUUUGCUGGAAUCAGAAUUCACACUCACACAGAGCGGCAGAAGUUGGAAAAAUGGAGAUACGAAAACGACAGAGGCAUGUCGUCAUCAUCAUCAUCAUCAUCAAUGCGGUAGAAAAAGAGAAGAAACCCUAAUUAACUGGUGCUCUCUGUUGCCGAGAGGGGUUUUGAAUUUUGCGAGAAAAUGGAAGGAAACGCGGCGUCGAAUCAAUCCGUAGAGAUCUCCAGUUUCCUCUCCCCCAAGAGAAAAACAAAAAAGGGGGUGAUUCCAGAAAUGGGUGGGUUUUAAGGUCAAUUGGUUGGGGCUGUUUCGGUGAAUGAAAUCAAAUUGGAGGGAGAGAGCAAAAGGGAAGGAGAGUGACAGAAGAGAGUGAGCACACGCUGUAGCCAAAUGUAUGAAGGGCAUACCUUUGCGGGUGCGUGCUCACUUCUCUUUCUGUCAGCUUCCCCAUCAUUUUCCCUUUCUGCUCACUUCACUGCCCACUGCCCACUGCCCGCUUAUCGAAGACCUUCCCAGUACCCCCUUUCUUUUCUUUUCCCUCUGGUCUCUGCUUCAUUUCAUGGUGUCAGUCAUGGCCAGAUGUCCAUUGCUCCAUUCCUCUAUCUUCCAACCCCCCACCACCCCUUUCGCCUUCCUGUGGACAAAUGGAACAAUAACACUGGCGGACUUCAAUGCCUCUUCAAGCGGUGCUCUUCGCUAAUUGUCAGUUUGUUCUCGACUCAUCUAAUCCAUAUACUAUUGUAUUUUUAUUAUACUGUUUCGUUCUUGCAGUUUUCCAUGGAGAAACGCGAAACGGAAACCCCCUUUUGUUUUUUUUUGACAUUGAUCUCCAUGGAAACUUGGAAGCGCGACUUUUCAUGGUCCUCUCCUGCCUCUAUUAUGAUGGUACAAACCGAUUACUGUUCAUAUUUAACGGAAAAUCCUUCGUAUAUUAUUGUUGUAUAGUGGAAAACCCUGAUUACUGUUCCCAUCUAAACCCCUAACUCCCUGCCAUGUUUUGGGGUUUUCUUUAUUUUCAUAUCGCUCGCACUGAUAUGUGUUUUUGUUAUUUAUUUAUUUAUUUUGGUUUCCUGAGAUCUGGGUUAUUCCAUAUCUGACCAGAUAUUUCUUUUAUCUUCUGUUAGAAUAUUGGAACCUGCGAGAUAUAUAUAUAUAUAUACGCAUAAUUUUUGUUGCCAGAAGAGGUUUGCAGAUUUUGUUUUGAUAUUUGCUUUCCUAAAAUGAGAAUUUCUGACCGUCGCGGGCUGCUACUUGGAGAAGAGCGCGAGGACUGAACCGACUCGAGUGCUGAAUAUGGCAAUAAUCUCUCGUUUUGGAUUCCUGAGCGAUCUGCUGUUUUCGAGUCCCAGAUAUGAAGCUUCCAAACCGGAAGUUUUCUCUAUUCUGCACUUGUUUGACGUUGGGAGGCAACAGCUUGCUUAUUGUUCCCUUCACUUUAGAUUAAUUAUCAUCACCACCAUUACCACUGUCUGGUUAAGAGAACCACCAUGAUGAAACAGGAGUGGCCAAGUAUGAUUUCAAAAAUCAGGGUGAAUGCAAUUGCAGAAGGUUCAGAUUCAAGCUGCAUCACUUGUCCAUUCCCAGCCAAUGGAUGCAGAAGACUAGGAAGGAGUUUAACCUCAAAAUUCAAGGGUGUUGUCCCUCAGCAGAAUGGCCACUGGGGUGCUCAAAUAUACGCCAAUCACCAGCGUAUUUGGCUUGGUACAUUCAAGUCGGAGAAUGAUGCAGCCAUGGCUUAUGAUAGUGCAGCCAUCAGAAUCAGAAGUGGAGACUGUCAUAGAAACUUUCCUUGGACCAAAUUUACUAUUGAAGAGCCCAACUUUCAGAAACUUUACACUACAGAAGCUUUGCUUAAUAUGUUAAAGGAUGGUUCUUAUAGAACCAAAUUUGCGGAGUAUUUGAGGGAUCGUUCUGAAAGUUCACAAUCAUCUGUAGGUCCCUCUGCUGGAAAGAUGCAUAAGAAUGGAGGGACAUCUAUUAAGCAACUUUUUCAAAAAGAGCUGACACCAAGCGAUGUUGGUAAGUUAAACCGAUUGGUCAUCCCAAAGAAAUAUGCUGUUAAAUACUUCCCUCCCAUAUCAGCCUGUGAAAAGGAAAAUGAGGAAGGUAUUAUCGAUGACGAUCGUGAUGUGCAGCUGGUAUUUUUUGACAAAAUGAUGAGACAGUGGAAAUUUCGAUACUGUUACUGGAAAAGCAGCCAGAGCUAUGUGUUUACGCGGGGUUGGAACCGAUUUGUGAAGGAAAAGCAACUGAGAGCUAAUGACACAAUAGCUUUCUACUUGUGUGAAGCAACAAAGGCAAGUGCUACUAAAACUACAUUCUGUGUGGUGGAUGUCAAAAAUCGCCACAACAGUGGCAGCUCGAUCGAGAACAAUAUCCAGAGUUGUGAAAUGCAGCUGGAUUUUUUGCGGGACGAAAUCGAGGAAUCGGUGUCGCCUAAGCAAGUAAACAAUGAGAUAAAAGAUGAUGCUGAAGUCAAGAGCUUCAAACUGUUUGGAGUGCAUAUUAAGUGAAAACGAGUUCUGUUCGUUCUUCCUCUUUACAUCAUAUUUUUUUCCUGUUAUAGGUAGUUUUUGUAGUAAUUAAACCGCAUAUCUUAAACAAAGUUCAUUUAAGGUAUGCUUGGGAGAUUCUUACUGAAACAAUGUUACCCUUAGGAGGAAUUAUUAGAAGUGAUUAUUAGUUUGUAGAACAUAUAAUUUUUUAGUAUAUGUUUGCUUAUUUA